UUCAAUCGUGAAGCGGAGCGACCGGACGGAGCAGCCCUCGGUAUGCGGCGCGUGAGUGUGCAGUGUGACGGCCGUCUCUCGGAGUAGCGACACUGAAUCAUUAUUAUUGUAUAUAAAUAUAUAUAUCCCCCACCCUCGGAGGACAGGAUAUCCAGGGAGUUUUGCGGACGGCACGGAGCGGAGGGAGACACGGGAGCGUGGCAGGAGGAGGGACGCUCUUACAAAAUCCAACACCGUACGCAGAAAUGGCGGAGCACCACGCAGCCAGCGACGGCAAGCACAGAGCCUCCGCCAAUACCGGGGGCUCGGUGCACGGGAACAGCCGACCCGGCGCCUCGGGUGGAGGAGGAGGUGGAGGAGGAGGAGGAGGAGGAGGUGGGGGCAAAGGAGGCCUGUCUGGCGGACUGACACAGCCGGCUGGGUGGCAGUCUUUACUCUCGUUUAGCAUCCUUUUCCUGGCCUGCCUGGCGGGGUUCAGCUCCAGACUUUUCGCCGUGAUCCGGUUCGAGAGCAUCAUCCACGAGUUUGAUCCAUGGUUCAACUACAGAUCAACGCACCAUCUCUCUACCAAUGGCUUCUACGAGUUCCUGAACUGGUUCGAUGAAAGGGCCUGGUACCCCCUGGGCAGGAUCGUCGGCGGCACGGUUUACCCGGGGCUGAUGAUGACCGCAGGCCUCAUCCACUACGUCCUCAACCUGCUCCACAUCACGGUCCACAUCCGCGACGUCUGCGUCUUCCUGGCGCCGGUGUUCAGCGGUCUGACCGCCAUCUCCACGUUCCUGCUGACCCGGGAGCUGUGGAAUCAGGGUGCAGGGCUGCUGGCAGCCUGCUUCAUUGCCAUCGUCCCGGGAUACAUCUCCCGCUCCGUCGCCGGCUCCUUUGACAACGAGGGCAUCGCCAUCUUCGCCCUGCAGUUCACCUACUACCUCUGGGUGAAAUCGGUGAAGACGGGCUCAGUAUUCUGGACCAUUGGCUGCUGCCUCUCCUAUUUCUACAUGGUGUCAGCAUGGGGAGGCUAUGUGUUCAUCAUCAACCUGAUUCCUCUGCAUGUGUUCGUGCUGCUGCUGAUGCAACGCUACAGCAGAAGAGUCUAUAUCGCUUACAGCACUUUCUACAUCGUGGGGCUCAUACUGUCGAUGCAGAUCCCUUUCGUCGGCUUCCAACCAAUCAGGACCAGCGAGCACAUGGCUGCUGCUGGUGUGUUUGCACUCCUCCAAGCCUAUGCUUUCCUGCAGUACCUGAAGGACAGGCUGACCAGACAGGAGUUCCAGACGCUUUUCUUCCUCGGAGUCUCUCUGGCUGCCUGCGUGGUCUUCCUCACCGUCAUUUAUCUCACAUACACAGGAUACAUCGCUCCGUGGAGUGGUCGUUUCUACUCUCUCUGGGACACCGGAUAUGCUAAGAUCCACAUCCCAAUCAUAGCGUCGGUGUCGGAGCACCAGCCGACGACGUGGGUGUCCUUCUUCUUCGACCUCCACAUCCUGGUCUGCACCUUCCCUGCAGGCCUGUGGUUCUGCAUUAAGAACAUCAACGAUGAACGCGUGUUCGUGGCCCUGUACGCCAUCAGCGCGGUCUAUUUUGCCGGGGUGAUGGUGCGUCUCAUGCUGACUCUGACCCCGGUGGUGUGCAUGCUGUCGGCGGUGGCGUUCUCCAGCGUCUUCGAGCAUUACAUGGGAGACGACACUAAGAGGGAGAAACCGCCCGCCGAGGACAGCAGCGACGAGGACGACAAGAGGAAUUCUGGGAAUCUUUACGACAAGGCGGGCAAGGUGAGGAAGCAUGUGUCGGAGCAGGAGAGGGCAGAGGAGGGUCUGGGUCCGAACAUCAAGUCCAUAGUCACCAUGCUGAUGCUGAUGCUGCUCAUGAUGUUUGCCGUGCACUGCACGUGGGUCACCAGCAACGCCUACUCCAGCCCCAGCGUGGUGCUUGCCUCAUACAACCACGACGGGACGCGUAACAUCCUGGAUGACUUCAGGGAGGCCUACUACUGGCUGAGGCAGAACACGGACGAGCACGCGCGGGUCAUGUCGUGGUGGGACUACGGUUACCAAAUAGCCGGCAUGGCCAACAGGACCACGCUAGUCGACAACAACACGUGGAACAACAGUCACAUCGCGCUGGUGGGAAAAGCCAUGUCUUCCAAUGAGAGCGCAGCGUACCAGAUCAUGAGGUCCCUGGACGUGGACUAUGUGCUCAUCAUCUUUGGCGGCGUCAUCGGCUACUCGGGCGACGACAUAAACAAGUUUCUGUGGAUGGUGAGGAUAGCGGAGGGAGAGCACCCCAAGGACAUCAGGGAGAGUGACUACUUCACGCCUCAGGGAGAGUUCAGAGUGGAUAAGGCCGGUUCUCCAACUCUGCUCAACUGCCUCAUGUACAAGAUGUCCUACUAUCGAUUCGGUGAAAUGCAGCUGGACUUCAGGACGCCACCCGGCUUCGACCGGACGCGCAACGCGGAGAUCGGCAACAAGGACAUAAAGUUCAAGCACCUGGAGGAGGCGUUCACUUCAGAGCACUGGCUGGUCAGGAUCUACAAGGUGAAGAACCUGGACAACAGAGAGCCGCUGGACCACAAGCUCCGCAGUGUAGUGCCCAAGCAGAAGUACACCUCCAAGAAGACCGCCAAGAGGAAGCGAGGACACAUCAAGAACAAACUUGUCCUGAAGAAGGGCAAGAAACUCCAAAACAAAAAAUAACGCCGUUGACGAACUCUAGGAAAACAAACAAACAAAUGCGAAGAAACCUCUAACAACCAAUGAAGAAGAACACGGGGGCGUUCACCGGGCACUCGCUCUAAAGCGCUUCUCGUCGGGGCGCCCUCUUGUGUCGAGGAAGUGUCAUAUCGGGCUAGCUCCAGAAUUGUUGUCCUGUUUUAUCUUGAGGACGUUCGUCUUGCUUUUCUUUUCUUGUUUUGUUUUCUUGUUUUUUUUCCCCCCCUCCUCCGUUUCUUUUAAUUUUCCGUUUGUUUACUGCGUACUUGAAUGUGUGGCAAGGCAUAGGGCUGCUCUCCUCGUUUUUUUUUUUUUGUUUUGUUUUUUUUUUUGUUUUUCGCGUCGAUUAAUUCUCGUGGUAUGUUAAUUAACUGCUUGUCCGCACAGGGAUCGGUUGAAGGAGGAAUCGGGAGGAGACUAGGAACAUUUGCACCAAAGACCCAUCCACCUUGCUCCGUGGCACAUGCGAACUGUGUGAGUGAGGACGCUGAGGACUUUGUUCCUGACACGUGUACAGGGGACAGUAUGCGGUAUGGAGGAACCGUCACCGUCUAGGCACAACCCACCUGUAAUAUUAACCUUUCUAUCAUCACCACCAUCAUCAUCAUCAUGCCUGGCUCCCUGAUCCUUAUUUUUCGACAGAUUCUUAAGCAAAGAAAUUGGCCUGAUAUGUAAAUAUAUUAUGUAAAGAAAAUGUCUAAAAGGAUGAUAAUAUAUUGGAUUAUUGUGGUGAAUUUUAAAUAUGCAGUUCUUGAUUUCCUCUUCAUUUAUUUAGUUUUUUUUUUUGUUCUUUCUUCUGUGUGAUUGUUUUUGUAUGCCAGCAAAUAGAACAGUGAAUGCAAUAAUUCUUGUACAGAAGGGGCUUGAGAUUUUGUCGGAAGAGUGAAUAUGAAUGUGAAUUUUUACACCUCCCCACCUUUUUUUCAUAAAUUGGAUUAGAUUGUACAUUUCUGCUGCUAGGGUUUUAAAAGACGGACGCAAGAAACUUUUUCUGUGUGUGUAAAAAGUAGUGAUAAUAAAUUAGGCCUCCCUUCCUGCAGGGGGAGCUCUCUGAGUUGAAGUGAGCAAAGCCUAGUGCCUCAUCGCUGGUUAUAUUAUUAAUUUUUUUUUCUUUUUUAUUUUUUUUGAAUUUGUGACUACUUUUGUUGAGCUUAUUGUUGUAUCAGUAAGUCAGGGUGACUGUUUUCGAGCAGAGUGACGCGUUGGAAACUGGAAAUGUCCUAAAUGUGUGGAAGUAGACUGGUGAACUGUGAAGGAGGGUAGUUAGUUGUUGCUUUACAGGCACUGAAACUAGACAGGAGGAGACUGUAACGGACUUCCAUCUCUGCCUGGAACUGAUCCGUGAGAGCAACGGACAAACUAACAAAUGUCUUCGAGGUCUCCAAAGCUGCGUCCCAAGUCUAUACUGUUUACUCAGCCCGCUGCUGCAAACGUAACAGCUGUGCAUGUAAAACCCCACAAGUUACAGAGUCUGGUGUUUAGAUGUAAUGUUUUAGUCUUCAAAUUAAUCAGCGAAUGCAAAAACGGAAAGCUGUCAACAUUUAAAAGGCAAAUAAAUUCGUCCGUUUUGCCGUAUAAAUUGAUAAUCAAGAAACAUUCACUAAGUUAAAUAUUAAUUUACCACUAACAGUUGAAGCGUAGCCGCAAAUAGCAGCCGCUUAAUUUCAUUAACAAGUCAUUACUUGUUGUUUUCUAAAAGUAAUUCUCCAGUUUCCUGCAGACUCAGUCGCCUCUUUUUGUUUCAGUCUCGAAAAGAUUAAAUUUAUAAAUGGUGUUAAGUCUUCAAGGAGCUGAAAACUGCAGAUAUUGAUUUUUUUCUUUAAACUCUAAUUUAAUUUGCUGACACGAUAGAAUUAGCAUUUAUUGUAAAACGUCUCAAAGGGGCAUCCUCACCAUUUUAUAUUCAGAUUGCAGACUUUGCAAAUUAACAGUUUUAAAACUUAAAAUCAGUCCAGUGAAGAUAAUGACUUUUUGAGACUAUGUUUCCCAGUAUGCACCUGUUUUAUUUUUGUAAACAUCCAAAUAUUAGAGUGCUUUUUGUCACACUUCUUCACGCUGCUUUAGUAAGUGGACGUACUAUCUCGUUUGUUCAUGGUAUUUGUGGCUAUAUUUUUGUUUUGGGAUCAAAUUGUUGGGGUGUAAAAGGUUUCCCAUAGUUGAGGUUCAGGCUAAAUCUUAACCUAACGUGAUAAAUUCAGAUUUAUACAUUAAUUGUUGCCUGGUCUCGAUCGUGCUUUGUAAUGGUUUGAGUAUUCAGGAUACAGUUGGGACACAGCUCUAAUGUUCAGUAACCUUUGUCUUCUUCUUCUUCUUCUUCUUCUAAGGGCGCUGCACUGUUCUCUGUUGGGUUUCUUCAAAAAAAAUAGAAAAAAAAAGAAAAAAGAUAAAACUAAAGGAGUUUUUGUAUGUGCACGCUUCAGUGAUUAUUAUAAUUUUUUUUGUUCUUUUUUUUAUUAUCGGAUAAGUGACACAUCAAAAGACUUACCACAUCACACGGUUGUACUUGUUUUGUCACAUCUCACAGAAAGUGACUUUUAUUAGCAUCGGUUUAAGUUGUUUUUUUUUUCUCUCUCUCUCUCUUCUUAAAAAUGUUUGACUCACUUUGUUCUCUCUGCUUUUGAUCUCCUCCGUGUCACCACUCGAGGCUUCAGACCUUCGACACGAUGCCACUUUGUUAUUCCGCCUAAAAGCCGCGUCGCGUCCUUCGGUUUGUGGAGAGGACAGAGCUCAGACUAAGCCUUAAUGUGAUGUACAGUUUGUUGCCCUCUUUAUUCAUUUUUUUUUUUUUUUUUAAAUCCAGAACGACAACACUUACUUCCUCUACUAAGUUUACUCAUUUCUCAGUAGCUCAGUCCUGUGUGUCUCAUUAUUGUUUGAUGCCUCCCUUCUCGUCUCUGUCCCCUUCAGAGUUUACAUUUUUACAUUGUUGUUCUGUUCGGCCAUCUUUAAAUAUACACUUCAAUGAAAA